GAAUUGAUGCGCAUACACGUGGUGGGUCAUUAUGCUGCUGCACCUGUGUAGUGUGAAGAAUCUGUACCAGAACAGGUUCUUAGGCCUGGCCGCCAUGGCAUCUCCAUCUAGAAACUCCCAGAAUCGACGCCGGUGCAAGGAGCCGCUCCGCCACAGCUACAACCCAGGCCAGUACCACAGUGUGGCCAUCAGGACUGGCCCCCAUGGUGCCGUCACCAUCCCCCGCUCCACCAGCGACACCGACCUGGUCACCUCGGACAGCCGCUCCACACUCAUGGUCAGCAGUUCCUACUACUCCAUAGGGCACUCACAAGACCUGGUGAUCCACUGGGACAUCAAGGAGGAAGUGGACGCUGGGGACUGGAUCGGCAUGUACCUCAUCGAUGAGGUCUUGUCGGAAAACUUCCUGGACUAUAAGAACCGUGGAGUGAAUGGCUCUCAUCGGGGCCAGAUCAUUUGGAAGAUUGAUGCCAGCUCCUACUUUGUGGAACCUGAAACUAAGAUCUGCUUCAAAUACUAUCAUGGAGUGAGUGGAGCCUUGCGAGCCACCACCCCCAGUGUCACUGUCAAAAACUCGGCGGCUCCUAUUUUUAAAAGCAUUGGUUCUGAUGAGACCGUGCAAGGGCAAGGAAGUCGGAGGCUGAUCAGCUUUUCUCUCUCAGAUUUCCAGGCCAUGGGGUUGAAGAAAGGGAUGUUUUUCAACCCAGACCCUUACCUGAAGAUUUCUAUUCAGCCUGGGAAGCACAGCAUCUUUCCUGCCCUCCCCCACCACGGACAGGAGAGACGAUCCAAAAUCAUUGGCAACACUGUGAACCCCAUCUGGCAGGCCGAGCAAUUCAGCUUUGUGUCCUUGCCCACUGAUGUGCUGGAAAUUGAGGUGAAAGACAAGUUUGCCAAGAGCCGCCCCAUCAUCAAGCGCUUUUUGGGAAAGCUAUCAAUGCCUGUUCAAAGACUCCUGGAAAGACAUGCCAUAGGGGACAGGGUGGUCAGCUACACCCUUGGCCGUAGGCUUCCAACAGAUCAUGUGAGUGGACAGCUGCAAUUCCGAUUUGAGAUCACUUCCUCCAUCCACCCAGAUGAUGAGGAGAUUUCCCUGAGUACCGAGCCUGAGUCUGCGGAAAUUCAGGACAGCCCCAUGAAUAACCUGGUGGCAAGCAGCUGUGGGGAGCCCUCUUGUGAUGCAUCAGAGCCCUCAGGGACCCCAAAGCCUGAGCAGCCCAGCCAGAGCAGCACUGUGGGCCCUCCAGGGAUCGAGAGCCUGGAGCUUACCAGUCUGGUUGAGGCAGCGCCAGGUACCACCGAGGCAGGAGAUGAUGGCACAGUCUCCGUGGGGCCUGAGGGGGCUGGGGAGAUGCUGGCCCCUGGGCCAGAGGACACAGAGCCCGCCUUAAGUGCAGAAGAACUGGCCGAGCGGCUGGACCUGGGAGAGGAGGCGGCCCUACCGGGGCUGCUGGAGGAAGGUCAAGCCCCGAGCAGCCCUGGGGAGCCGGUGGCUGAGGAAGGGGCCACAGAGAGCCGGGCUGGGGGGCACGAGGAGGAGAAGGAGCAGGUGGAGGAGGAGGAGGGGGGCAUGUCUGCCCUGGGGCAGGGGGAGGACAGGCUGCAGCUGCGGGCGUCGGUGAAGAGGAAAACCAGGCCGUGCUCCCUGCCUGUGUCCGAGCUGGAGACGGUGAUCGCGUCCGCCUGCGGCGAGCCGGAGACGCCGCGGACCCACUACAUCCGCAUCCACACGCUGCUGCAUAGCCUGCCCUCGGCGCAGGGCGGCAGCGCGGACGAAGACGACGGCGCCGAGGAGGAGCCCACCCUCAAGGAUGCCUCGGAGAAGGAUGCGCUCAGCGAGGUGGACACGGUAGCCGCGGAGCCUCCUCCCCUGGAAGAGGAUGGAGAGGCCCCCGAGGGGGCCACUCCAGGCACGGCUCCCCUCGGCCACUCGGGCUUGGCCAACGGCUCAGCCCCGGAUGGCGACGCGCUCCCCAGCACGGGGAGCGAGAGCGACUCCAGCCCGCGGCAGGGUGGGGACCACAGCUGCUGCGACGCCUCCUGCUGCAGCCCCUCCUGCUACAGCUCCUCCUGCUACAGCAGCUCCUGCUACAGCGCCUCCUGCUACAGCCCCUCCUGCUACAACGGCAGCAGGUUCGCCAGCCACACCCGCUUCUCCUCUGUGGACAGUGCCAAGAUCUCCGAGAGCACGGUCUUCUCCUCGCAGGACGACGAGGAGGAGGAGAACAGCGCCUUCGAGUCAGUGCCCGACUCCGUGCAGAGCCCGGAGCUGGACCCGGAGUCGGUGAACGGCGCGGGGCCGUGGCAAGACGAGCUGGCCGCCCCCGAUGGGAGCGUGGCCAGAACCGUGGAAGGUCUGGAGUCCCCCGUGGCAGGGCCGAGCAGUCGGAGAGAAGGUGAAUGUCCUACACUCCAUAAUUCCCAGCCAGUAAGCCAGCUUCCUUCCUUGAGGCCUGAACAUCAUCACUACCCAACAAUCGAUGAGCCUCUUCCACCAAACUGGGAAGCUCGCAUUGACAGCCACGGGCGGGUCUUUUAUGUGGACCACGUGAACCGCACAACCACCUGGCAGCGUCCCACAGCAGCAGCCACCCCCGACGGGAUGCGGAGGUCUGGAUCCAUCCAGCAGAUGGAGCAGCUCAACAGGCGGUAUCAAAAUAUUCAGCGAACCAUUGCUACAGAGAGGCCUGAAGAAGAUUCUGGUAGCCAAAUUUGUGAGCCAGUUCCAGCAGGAGGUGGUGGAGGAGGUGGCGGGAGUGACUCAGAGGCUGAAUCUUCGAGCUUAGAUCUGAGAAGAGAUGGGUCACUUUCUCCAGUGAAUUCACAAAAAAUCACCUUGCUGCUACAGUCUCCAGCGGUCAAAUUCAUCACCAACCCUGAGUUCUUCACUGUACUGCAUGCCAAUUAUAGUGCCUACCGAGUGUUCACCAGUAGCACCUGCUUGAAGCACAUGAUCCUCAAAGUCCGGCGGGAUGCGCGCAACUUUGAACGCUACCAGCACAACCGAGACCUGGUGAAUUUCAUCAACAUGUUCGCGGACACGCGGCUGGAAUUGCCCCGGGGCUGGGAGAUCAAAACGGACCAGCAGGGAAAGUCUUUCUUCGUGGAUCACAACAGUCGAGCUACCACUUUUAUUGACCCCCGAAUCCCUCUUCAGAACGGUCGUCUUCCCAACCAUCUGACUCAUCGACAGCAUCUCCAGAGGCUCCGAAGUUACAGUGCUGGAGAGGCCUCAGAAGUCUCUAGAAACAGAGGAGCCUCUUUACUGGCCAGGCCAGGACACAGCCUAGUAGCUGCUAUUCGAAGCCAACACCAACAUGAGUCGUUGCCACUGGCAUAUAACGACAAGAUUGUGGCAUUUCUUCGCCAGCCAAACAUUUUUGAAAUGCUGCAAGAGCGCCAGCCAAGCUUGGCAAGAAACCACACACUCAGGGAGAAAAUCCAUUACAUUCGGACUGAGGGUAAUCAUGGGCUUGAAAAGUUGUCCUGUGAUGCAGAUCUAGUCAUUUUGCUGAGUCUCUUUGAAGAAGAGAUUAUGUCCUAUGUGCCCCUGCAGGCUGCCUUCCACCCUGGGUACAGCUUCUCUCCCCGCUGUUCACCCUGCUCCUCACCUCAGAACUCCCCAGGUUUACAGAGAGCCAGUGCAAGAGCCCCUUCACCCUAUAGGAGAGACUUUGAGGCCAAGCUCCGCAAUUUCUACCGAAAACUGGAAGCCAAAGGAUUUGGUCAGGGUCCAGGGAAAAUUAAGCUCAUCAUUCGUCGAGACCACCUGUUGGAGGGAACCUUCAAUCAGGUGAUGGCCUAUUCCCGGAAGGAGCUCCAGCGAAACAAGCUCUACAUCACCUUUGUUGGAGAGGAGGGCCUGGACUACAGUGGUCCUUCGAGAGAAUUCUUCUUCCUUCUGUCUCAGGAGCUCUUUAACCCUUACUACGGACUCUUCGAGUACUCUGCCAAUGACACCUACACCGUGCAGAUCAGCCCCAUGUCUGCCUUUGUAGAAAACCAUCUCGAAUGGUUCAGGUUCAGUGGGAGAAUCCUAGGCCUGGCUCUGAUCCACCAGUACCUUCUGGAUGCUUUCUUCACAAGACCCUUCUAUAAGGCGCUCCUGAGACUGCCCUGUGAUUUGAGUGACCUGGAAUAUCUAGAUGAGGAAUUCCACCAGAGCUUACAAUGGAUGAAGGACAACAAUAUCACAGACAUCCUCGACCUCACGUUCACGGUUAAUGAAGAGGUUUUUGGCCAGGUAACGGAGAGGGAGUUAAAAUCUGGAGGCGCCAACACGCAGGUCACCGAGAAGAACAAGAAGGAGUACAUCGAGAGGAUGGUGAGGUGGCGGGUGGAGCGCGGCGUGGUGCAGCAGACUGAGGCACUGGUCCGGGGCUUCUACGAGGUGGUGGACUCAAGGCUGGUCUCCGUGUUCGAUGCCAGGGAGCUGGAGCUGGUGAUCGCUGGCACGGCGGAGAUCGACCUGGCCGACUGGAGGAACAACGCCGAGUACCGGGGAGGUUAUCAUGAUGGGCAUCUCGUGAUCCGCUGGUUCUGGGCUGCGGUGGAGCGUUUCAACAACGAGCAGAGACUCAGAUUACUGCAGUUCGUCACAGGAACAUCAAGUGUGCCCUACGAAGGCUUCGCAGCCCUGCGAGGAAGCAAUGGGCUUCGGCGUUUCUGCAUAGAAAAAUGGGGGAAAAUUACAUCUCUCCCCAGGGCACACACAUGCUUCAAUCGGCUGGAUCUCCCGCCUUACCCCUCGUACUCCAUGCUGUAUGAGAAGCUGUUAACGGCAGUAGAAGAAACCAGCACCUUCGGACUUGAAUGAGAAACUGGCCGCUCCCCUGACGUUUUCCUGGCCAGUGACCUCAUCCUUUCCCUUUCCCCGAGUCCACUCUCCUUUGAUUUUGGUAUUCUGUGAUUUUCCUUUUCAAACCAAAUCAGGAUUGACGAGCUGUGCAUGAAGAAUUGCCUUCUUCUAAGAUCUAACCUUCAGGCUUAUCUCCUCUACUUUCAAUGAACUGCUAGCCUGUAUGCAAUAUUUAAAAAAACAGCUGUCUCAAGGUCUGUGUAUAUCUCCACAUACCUCCAUUACUAACAAUGAAAUAUGAAUGCAAGUUAUGCUACACUUGACCAAAUGGUAAUAAAUGUUUACUUCCAUUUCUAUGAUUUAAGGGGAAAUUUGAGCAUUAAGCAUUCCAAGCUUUUCUAUACCCAUGUCUUCUGAGCAGAACCACCAUUUUUUUUUUUUUUUAUAAUUUCUAACAACCAACUUCAGAAUAGGAGCUGAUCAACUCUUUCUUUUCUUCCCAUUCUACUUUUCCCUGGGCAUCCAAUCCAUCCAAAAACAGCAGUGGCUAAACCGAAAUUUUGAUAUAUUCAACUCAUGAUUUGUAUGUGUCAUUGGCCCCAUCAGCUGGAACUAGCCUAGACAUAUGGUGCAAAUAUCACACUUUCCAACCAACAAAGCAAGAAAAACACCUCCUGCUGAUGCAAUGCAGGGCAUCCCAAUGGUUGUGGGGAUUAUGGUUCGACUUGAGUUCAGAGAAGUCUGGGGGUGGGGACACACCCCCUGUGAGCACCCACCACCCAAGAAGCACAAACUUGUGCACACGUCCAAGAAGGAGAUCGCAUUAUGUAGCAUAAACAAUGAGGCUUCUACCCCCAUGAUGUUGUAUAGAAGUGUUGAAGCAAACAGGAGAAAGGGGGAAAGGACAUCAGGACAAUUUAGAAGGACAUAUUCAGUUGCUCUGAAUACCUGGGUUCUGUACAGUUUUAUUUUGCUUUGUUUGAUCACAGGUCUCUUUCCCAAAGGAAAAAAAAUGUCCUGAUAAUCUCAUGACUUCUGUUCAAGCCAAAUAAUUACUUGUUUGGCAAACAGACUUUUAUUUCAACUUUGAUAGCGUUUUUAUUUUUCAUGUUUACUUUUCAGUUUUCCUUCACCAUGGUGUUCAAAUUCCUUCACAUAUGAUUGUCCACAGGGACCACACUAAAUCAGAAGCUGCAGAGAGCGAUGGUGCUUGUUAGGGAUCAAGGGCAAAAUAAUACAUCUCCUUCCUCCAUAGCAAUCCUCCUGGAGCAGAGACCUAACCCCCCAAAGGCACACCGAUUUGUGUCAAAUAGGGAUCCAGUUUCUUUUAGCAUUCAGUAAAGAGACGUCUCAGUAAAUGUGGUGUUUCAGAGUAACAGUUGCAGGCUCCAGAAACAGCCUGACCUCUUGAUUAUGUUUGGAAGAAACCCAAACAUGAUGGUCAUUUGCUAUUUUUCUAAUGUUGUUAUCCAUGUCCUCUGAAAUAUGUUGUAAAAGAAAGUGUUUUUCUUCACUGGGAAAAGAAAUGUUGAAAUGUUACAUUGUUGUCCUUCAAUAUAUAUUAAACAAGGGGAAAAUGUGAGAAACAUGGGCAAGUUAAUUUCAUUUGGAACCAUGUCUUGUGUUCAUGUGGGUUUGUGUCCGGACAAUGCAUCGAUUGUGUUCCCUGCCCUCCAUAAGGAAACAUUCCUUUAGUAGGAAUUAGAAUGCCCAGUACCCCUUGCUGCUAUGUACCUGUGGUCCAUCAAGGAAUAUGUAUGUUACAGAAAUCUGGCCUUCUGUUGUUGUCUACAAAGAAUAUUUACUGACAUUGGAUGAUGGAAUGUGUAAGUUCCAUAAGGCAGAAUCUAAAGGAUCUGUAUAAUUCAGGACACAUCUCAGCAUCUGGAAAGUCAUGGAUUCCAGUGGAGCUAUUAUUUAUGAAAUCAGGACAUAAGGAUGAUGCAAAUCAUUUCACCAUCCUAUAUAGAAUAGUAUCUUUAGUAAAGGGAGCAUCUUUCAUUUUUAGAACUUGGUGUUAGAUAUAUGUAAAUACUUGUUAAUUCAAGCAUUCAGUUCUUUUUUUUAGGACUCAUAUGUUAGGCUUUGGCAAGAGAGAAAGCUGUUCCAAAAUGGAACCUAUUCCCAGGAAUCUUCACAAUUUACACAAAUAUCUAAUUAAGCUAUUAACAGAUUAACUGGUGUCUGUUCUCCCUAGUACAGAAGGAACAAGGUAUCCUAGAAGAUAUAUAUAGAUAGAAAACUUACACAUGAAUGGUUUUCAACUAAUUUCUCCUUAUUCCUACUGCCCUGCCCAAUGCCAUGGUUCAGAUAUAUCCCAGAAGCAUUACAGGAACAGUAUUUCAUAAGAGUAUGAAAUUUCAGAAAGAAAUACUGGUGUCAGAGUCCCUGAAAGACUGUGAAGUGUGCUUAGUAGGUUGCCAGUUUCCCUACAGCCUUGCACAGACUCCCUGAGGAAGGAAGACAAAGACGACAGACAGUUGUUAUGGAAAGAUCUUUAUUUCUCUUUGUUCCAGAUUAUGCUUCUUUACUUAAUAUAUGUAUAACAUAAUAUGUAUAUAUAUGUAAUUACAUGUAUAACAAAACAGCUAUAUGACUCAGUUAUGCUCUUAAUUUUACCAUAUGGAGGGGCAAACCACCCCAAAUCAUGUAAUUCAUAAUGAGCAAGAUAGAGCUCACCCAUUUGUUACCAUGUAUAAUUUAUUUUUAAAGUAUUUGUUUUCUCCAUGGAGGCAUAUUAUAAAAUUAAUCACCUUUGAACCACGCUUUCCCUAAAACAAGAUCUUUUAGAGCUAGUUUUAGUAAGAGUAUAUUACCUUUAAUUGGGGGACAAAAAAAGUAAAGAAGAGAACACAUGUGUCAAUUUGAAAAAUGCUUCAAAAAUACUAUGAAGUAUUAUAAUAAUUUUGUGUAUAUUCCAUUUUAUUCUAUUAUAUGAAAAUGAUAAUCUAAAAAUAGAAAUGGACUCUGCAGAGUCAAGAGAAGUACUACAAAGCUACUGAUUUCUUUGUAAUUCCUCUGUCCAUAAGCUGACCGUGGUUGUGACAGGUUUUUGCUACCAUCACAAUUGUCAUUCAAAAAGAAAAUUAAGAAAAAGGGGUAUACAAUUUGUUGGCAGGCUUUGAAUAUGCAGAAUCUCUAUCUUUUUCUCUUCUAACACAUGAUCAUAUGUCAUCCAACAGUAAGUGCAUUUGUAUGACCAGCCUGCAAGCUGGACCUUCCAGAACAGUUCUAAUGUUAGAUCUGUGGCACCAUCCGUCCAUGUGUCAAAUCACGUGUCCCAAAUUUGGGCUCAGAAAAUUUCUCAGUUGCCACAAAUGUUUUCCCAGUCAAGGUAAAACACUUUCAAAUGAAAGUAGUUAGAACUUUACAUAACAAAUGUGGUGCUUUAUUAUUAUUAUUACUAUUAUGUACUUCAGUGUUCAUUCUUAAAACUACUGCAAUACUAUAUCAUCAAAGUCUGGGAUGGAUGUUCCAACCAUCAUAAGGUCCAAAAGAGAACGUGUUAUUUUCCUGUUAGUGACAUGUAGUCCCUUUGUUCUAGUAGAAAAAAAAAAAAAAAAAGGUGCCUAGAGGUAGUAUUUAGAGUAAAUAUUGUUCCAUUAGCCUACUUCCUGCAGCUUCCAAUUUACCUAAAGAAAUGUCUAUAAUGAUUUUGUUCAAGUCUUUGUUCUAGACAAUAGCAGGAGAAGUCCUUGUUCUUGGGCUGAUUUUGCUUCCAUCGACAAGAGAAAUGUCACGUAAUACUCAGGCCGAGCUUUCUCUUCCAUCCUACCACCUUCAAGGAAUGUCAAUAAACACUUUGGUAUGGCA